AUUUAACCAUCAUCAAAUGCAUUGUUCUUGAGUCAAGCUAUAUUACUUUUCAACAUACUUUCAUACUAGAUACAGUACCUCAACCACCAACCACAUUUUCUUACCCUUUGUAUUUUUCGGAUAUUCUUCUACUGAACCACCAUGAGGAACCCUUGGAUCGAGACUCCCUUGAUUGAAUCGGCGGCUUUUUCGAAGGCAGUCGGAUGUAAGGUCUUUCUGAAGCUGGAACUUCUGCAACCAUCGGGAUCCUUCAAAUCGAGAGGAAUUGGUUUCUCGAUCCUCCAAAGUCGCCUUGACCCCGAAAACGACGGCAAGGAACUCCAUUUUUACAUCUCAUCCGGGGGCAAUGCAGGACUGGCGGCCGUUCUGGCAGCUCGGGACAUCGGAUGUUCAUGCACGGUGAUUGUACCGUAUACUACGAAACCGGCCAUGAUCGCCAAAUUGCGAGCGAUCGGUGCUACGGACGUAUUCCAGCACGGGAAUAACUGGUUCGAAGCCGACACCUACCUGCGAGAGAACUUCAUCGACAACCAAGACGAGCAGCCGGACGCGGCUAAAAGAAAGAACAUCUACGUGGCACCCUUCGAUCAUCCAAGAGUGUGGGAGGGAGCGGCGAUCAUGGUGGAGGAGAUUGCACGCCAGUUGCCUCCGCGAGAAGAGACUGCGAGCGGUGCCUUUCCAGCCGAUGCUAUUGUCUGCAGCGUUGGUGGGGGCGGCUUGUUUAACGGCGUCGUUUCAGGGCUGGAGACGUAUCAGCAGUCGCGGAAGAUAGCCGCGCCGAAAGAUACCUAUGUGGUGGCCACCGAGACCAAGGGAGCCGACUCCCUGGCGCACUCGAUCCGACACGGCAGCCUGCAAUCGCUUCCGGCAAUCACCUCCCAAGCCACAUCGUUAGGGGCUGUGUGCGUGGCUCCCCGAGCCUUCGAGAAUGCGCAGUCACCGCCGGCCGGCGUGAAAGUGGUCAGCGCCGUUGGGUCGGACGCCGAGGCAGCUCAAGGCGUGGUGCGUUUGGCAGACGAGCACCGGCUCCAGGUGGAAUUGGCCUGCGGGAUCAGCGUGCACGUUGCCUUGAUGAUCCGAUUGCGAGAGCUGGUGCCGGAUCUGACGCCGGACAGUCGGGUGGUGGUGGUGGUGUGCGGAGGGAGCAACGUGACGACGGAGAUGAUCGUCGAGUAUCGGCAGCAGUUGGGCGAGGGAUGGAAGUAGAGAAGAUACAGAAUUAUGUACUCCGUAUGCAUGAGCAAUAAAGCAAAGUAAUGCACGCUGACUAAAAAACACGGACCAACGACGGGCCGAGCGGGACGAGGUUUUCUCGUCUGCGUUCACUUCAUUCCGGACUCGAGAAUACAC